GUUUGUAAACAUUUUCUUUUAACUUUCAGGCUUUGGAUCUGUUAAAAAAAGAAGAAGAAGAAGAAAGAUGAAUAUGUACGCUUAUCAACAGAAGGCCUUGGUGGGUUGUGUUGGAGUUGGAGAAACUGACAUUUCUGUGUCAAAUGGUGUCGUUUGUCCUAAGCCCCGUAAGGUUGGGUUCUUUAAUUCUGUUGAAGAACCCAUCAAACCUUAUCAGUUGCUGCAAUUUAGAAAUCAAGAAAUGGAGGCUUGUGAUUUGAAAGCUGGAACUGAGCUGCUGGAUAUCAUCCUCACAAAGGGGAAGAAUUAUGAAGUUGAUAAAGCCAAUUUUGAGGUGGCUUCAUCUCCACCAUUCUUUUAUGGAUCUCCACCAAGUAGGGCUGGAAAUCCCCUGAUCCAAGAUGCCCAAUUUGGCAACCACAGUUUUGUCCCCAUACUACCAGUCCCAGAAAGAGCAGUGGCACCCACAACUCCACCACCCUCCUCCGCGAUCAUGAGCGGAGGAGGCUGUGUUCGUGUGAAGUUUGGGAACAACACAGCUCCUGUGAGGAUUGAAGGCUUCAAUUGUCGCGGCAGCAACAGUAUCUCAGCUAUGGCUUAGAUAAAUCCAUUGACAACAUCACAAAAGAAUAGAUAAAAAGGAGAGAUUUUGGGGGAAGGAGGCCUACACCAAUUUGUUUAGUGUUGUAUAUAUAGAGUGACAGAAAGAAAGAAGGUUUUAGUCCAAUUUGCUGAUGAGUUUUGUUCUCUAAUCAUUCAAAUCCAGUAAUGUGUGUAUAUUGUGACCAAGGUGAUGAAUGAGUGUUUUUUAAGUCCAAAAGAAUAAAACUGUAAUAGCCCCCAAAGAAAAGAUAGUAAUCUUCUUUGGGAGUGACUAGGGUUCCUUUUUAUAGCAAUUUAGAACAACAUAUGAGUUGAGGGUACUUAAUUGUAGCAUGAAGACUCAAAGAGGAUGUUCUUUGAAAGUUUGUGACUUUUAUCCUUCAUUGUAAUAGUAUUCUGAAGGAAAAAGAUGGUCUUUCUUAGAAAUUUCA